CUUGCACACAGUGACUCCUCGCAGAUUUCUCAGCUCAGUUGUGAGCGAGGAAGCAGCAACUAAUCCUUUUAAUAAUGAUUUUCCUCUUGCAGCAUUUCUUCUUGCUGGUCACAGACUUAUUAUUCGCAAUGACCCUUUCCUGCCUCUUUUAUACCUUUGUAUGCGUUUCCUUUGCAUUUUUGACCUGUUCCAUUAUCGUCUCCACCUUUGGCAUUGUGAAGAGGAACGCUGAUGUGAAAGGGAGAGCAAUUGUUAUUCUCGUGUCCAACAGCUCCAUUGGAAGGACAUUUGCAAGGAACCUGGAUAAAGCAGGUUUCAGGGUGUCUGCUGCUCAGUGGCUUCCUCGAGAGGAGGGGACAGCUACAGAAGAAGAGUGGCCUUCAAGCUUGGAGGUGGCCCAGCUCCACAUGACUGAAGAUGAAUACCAGAUGACAGUGAAAACCUUCAUAGAAGACCACUUAUCACUGAAAGGCAUGUAUGGACUGAUGAAGAAGCCAUCAAUCCUGAUAUGGGAAGAAGAACAACCAGACACAUGCAGGUUACCCAAGAGAAAAAACUCUUAUAAAUGUAAGAAGGUUUUCAAGGCUCCAGCCCUCUGCGUUGCAGUCCUCGUUUGCUCACUGAACAGUGUCCUGACUUCCCUGAAGAAGAGAAGCCUGCAGCUCCUUGUGCCUCUGCUGAAGGCCAAAAACUGAGAGGUGAAGCAACAUGCUCACAGCUCAGCCGGGAAGGAAACCCACAGAGCGCUACAUCUUAACGCUGUCAUGCCACAAAGGAAAGAUGCUAUGGGAAGGAGCACAGCUGGGAUGAGAAGUGACAAACUCUUGGCAGGGGAGGAUUAUGAGCAGCGACUUCAAUUGCAGGACAAUGGAAAGCUGUGCAUGAAGACAGAAAGCACCUGCUGAACCACGAGACAGGUCUUCAACUCCCUUGCAAGCCUAAUCUGUAAGGAAGAGGACACCGCAACACUGAAAUUUUGGGUUGUACAGUAUCAUGCUGUACUGUACACACAGGGAUAUGCACAUACAGAGAAAAAACAUGGAGUGAAAGGAAAUAAAGGAAGAAUGCUGCUAGGAAGAAAAAUGCUAGGGCUUGGUUUUCAUUAUCUAGGGCCAGAACUCAGAACUGUCUGACGGAUGAUAUGAGGUGUCACCCACACAGGGAGCUGGGCCCAGAGGGAAAAAGGAAAACUUUCAGAACAGCUUCUCUAAGACAUUAAACCAGUUUAAUAUCAAGCCAGACUGAAAACAAACAUUUUAAUUCCAGAACAUCAAAACAUUGGGAGAGAACAUGCUAAAGUAGAAAAUUCCUGAAUUAAAAGCUUGGGGCUUUAGUCUUUACGUAUUUGGCAAGCAACCCAUUAUAUAAACAAUGCCAAAUCCAUGUAUUCUGCAGAAUGUCCCAGGAAAGAUUUCCUUUAGCCGGAACACCAUUUUGAGGCAGACCUGUCAACUCCCUUGGUGCGUAAUCCCAUUCUGUGCACAUAACCUUGUGCAAUUUCAGCUGAUAACCAUCAUUUUCUCCUCCAAACUAUUGCAGGAGACAUGUGUGGGCUGCUACAGGCUAUUGCUUUUCCCCCAAAGCGACCUUCACUCGAAGGAUGACGCCUGCUUGUAUACACAGUAGCGUUCAUGGUCUGAAAUUACAGACAUUCUGUGAGCAAAGCUGCUGAAGACUUCAGUGGAAGUUUUGCUUGCCCGAGGACAUAGGGAUGGCCUACAUUUAUUUACAAAGCUCUCCAGUCCAUUGGGAUACAGAGAACUACUGUGCACAGGCAUAAAAUUAUGGCUGUGAGGCAAUACGACCAUGAGAUAAAUUAUAACUGCACUUGAAAGUGUGUUUAGCACAAAUUAGCUGUACCAAACUAAAGUUACAGACUGUUGAAUCUAAGGGAUCUGAAUGCCCAGUUGUUUGAAUUGGAUUUGAAUUCCUUAAAUAGUCUCAAACGUUUCAUCACUAAUGUAUAACUGGAAAAAAAUAAAGUAACUUGUUCCUAAGGUCUACAAACCUAGCCAAAAGAUUUUGCCAACAUCUCUUGGGACACAACCCUCUCACCCAUACUGUCAUUAAAAUGAGAGAUUUUUAGAAAUCACUGAAAAAAAGCCCAAGUUUUGAUGAAAAUCGUCAGGAAAAAACAAUUCCCACAAAUGUUUUGCAAUAGAUCACUUUGAGUCAUUUGGAAAAAAAAAAAGUAAUCGGGCUAUAAGUCUAUUUAAAGAAAACAAACCUUUAGCUCCAAACCCUCUGUCCUACAGUUCAGAACAGAAACAACUGAUCACCCAAGACCUGCGCUUUCUCGCUGACGCCAACUGCGAAACUUCCAUUUUUUGAAGCUUUUUAAGAAAGCACAGAAUUUGGCUUCAAAUAUAACAGUUCUUCCUUCAUAACACAGUAACAUUAUUUCCCGAUGGAACCAAAAUGUUAGUGGUGAUGGAGAAGCAGAGGGAAGCUGGUUACAUUAAUGCAUCCUUUCACCAUCUGAAAAUACGUUAAUAAUGAAUCUACGAACCAACACUAUUUCUUCCUGGAUAUCUGUGUGCCUGUCAAAAGACACUAAACCAGCAUCCCCCUGGGUUAAGCACUCCUCAGCAUUAUCAUUCUCUUACUAGCAGCCUUUCUUCAUUUGGGGGGGGGGGGGGCAUUUUUCAGCACACUUUCCUCUCCUGAGCAGAGUUUAGCUGCACAGACAGCUCCAAACCAGAGCUCCAUGUGCAGGUUCUAUUCACAUCCACAGUGAACACUGGGAGGUGUUUCAGACCAUCGGGGCCCCUGAGGUGAGAAAUUUCCCUAUAUGUGCUUAUUGUAUUCUAGGAAAAACAUUCAGGGGAGGAGGAAGAGGGAGGAGAGGGCAGGAAAGCAAUCUAACGAUGAUUAGUGUAAUGGGAUUUGCUAUUCUUGUCAAUAGUUUAAUCAAUAUAAACAUUUACUGAACCCUCUUA